AGGUACGAUCACGUGUCCGACUUCAACUUCAACUGUUACCCUUGACUUCAACGUCAACAAACGCGAUGGAGGACGCUGGCCGCUACGGAACGGUUUCGCUACUCAAUGCAUCAAAUGGCAGCCCUAUCACAGCUUUCGGAAUUGAAACCUCCCCGCGCGUCUCAUGCCCACAUUACCUUUCAUGACCUCAAGGCUUUCCUCGUUGUCUCAGGACCCACUGGAAUUGAGGUGGAUGGCUGCAAAGUAUACCCACCGAGCACGAUACCUUUGCCGAACCACACAGAAUUUAAACUCGCGGGGAAGCGAUUCAUGUUUUCAUACCCACCAAAGGAAAUGAGGAGGGUGCUGAUAGAGAGCCCACUCAAGCCAAGAGCAAUUAGGAUGUCGAUGGUGGCAAGGGCAGUGAUAGAUUCGCCGGAGCCGCCGAAAGGUCUCGUCAAGGAUUUGGGCGGAGGAGAGUGCGUGCUGCUUGAGGACAUCCCUCGACCCUCGUCGCCUUCCAAAGGGCCACCAAGCUUGCACAAAAGAGUCUUGAUGAAGAACGCGAAGCAGGCCGAAGAUGAAAUGGAGGAACUCGAGGUCGCGGGUAGGCUGGUUGCUGCCAGUGACAGCGAGAGCGAAAUAAGUGUCUGCGAAGGCGGUGAUCAAUCAGAAAGCGACGAGGAGGUGGUGGCACAGAGUGAGCCUAUGGGGAACGUACCGUCCUCCGAAGCAGAACCGAUGGAAGGGGAGAUGAGCGAAGAAGACGAGCCCAUCAUGUCUACUACACCUAAAUUCCCUCCGACUGCCCGUUUCUCUUUUGCCUCACGUCCGUCGCUUGGGGGUGGUCCACCUCAGAGGCGGCAGCUCCCCACACAAUCGCUAAACUUCGCUACCCCAGUUGCAGUUCCUGUCACACCACAGACCAGCACGAUCAAGAGAGAGCCGGCCUGGACGACUCCCAAGCGCAAGGUUGUUUUGACUGCAGAGGAGAAGAAGGCAAUCUCAGAACGUCGUCGCUCUGCCCUUUUAGCGCCUGAUCUUUUCUUCGCUGGACGCGUUCCUGGUUUGUCACCCCCCAAAAACGCGUCUAGGAAUAACCCCUUUGCCUCUCCUACUAAAAACCGCCAUCCGUCUACUCUAUCCGGAGUGAUGGAAGAAGUGGAGGAGGAUUCUAGGGUACUUCUUGAAAAGAUGCGGCAUGCUGUCGAAGACAUGAAGAUGCGUAAGGCAGCGAAGGCAGAAGUAGAAGAAAGAAAGCAAAGACGCCGGUGCGAGCCGUGUCUCCCGCCAAAUUAUCGACGAUACCACUCGUCGCUUCGCCUCCCAAAUCGGUGUUAGUAACCCCUAGUGUGGCUUCUCCUGCCAAAAGUCUCUGGCCGAGAGCAACUUCACCGACCAAGGUGGUCGUGACUCCGCGGGUCUAUCCUGAGCUUUCCUCGCUUGUUCCUUCAUCACCGAUAAAGGCCAUUCCCAGGUCACCGUCGAAGACCACAGUCAGAGUUGGUUCUCCCA